AUGGAAUCAAACAAGAGAAACAUUUACUCUUUCAAGUUUAAAGAUCCCGAUCUAAGGAGCUUACGUCACUUGGUCUCUCAGAUGCACCCGGUAUACAUAAUCAACUUUGGGAAGAAUUAUGGAAAUCUGCUCAGCAUCCUCAACCAACGAGUGGACCAUACAGCUUUAGUCACUCUGGCCCAAUUCUAUGACCUACCUUUAAGAUGCUUCACAUUCCAAGAUUUCCAGCUAGCACCAACGUUGGAAGAAUUCGAGCAUCUUGUUAGGAUUCCUAUAAAGAACAAGCCAUUGUUUGAAGGGAUAGAUGAAUUUUUGUCCCUUGAGAUUAUUUCUAGCACGCUUCACAUGGACGAAAGGGAAGUAGAGGCUAACCUAGAGAUCAAAGGGAAUACCAAAGGAUUUUCGCUAAGCUUCCUUUUGGAAAGAGCUCAUACCCUACUAAAAGCAGAAAGUUGGGACGCUUGUUACUCUGCUAUUGUGUUGGCCAUCUAUGGCAUCGUCUUGUUCCCAAAUAUGGAAGGUUUCAUAGACAUGGCUGCUAUUUGCAUCUUCCUCACCGGAAACCCAGUACCCACCUUGUUAGAUGAUGUUUACUAUUACAUGAGCCAUAGGUACACCAAGAAGAAAGGAAUGAUUGCUUGUUGUGCUCCUUUAUUAUAUCAGUGGUUUCUUGAGCAUCUUCCGAAGGCAGGUGUUUGGGUAGAACAGACAGAUGCUAGUUGGCCUCAGAGAUUGGGAUCACUCCGAUCCGAAGAUCUUUCUUGGUAUUCCAAAGAAUACAUCAACAUGGACAUCAUAUUUAGAUGUGGAGAUUUCCCUAAUCUACCACUUAUUGGAACUCAAGGAUCUAUGAAUUCUAACCCGGUUCUAUCACUAAGACAACUUGGCCACCCGAUGGAAGGCCCUUCAGAGGCAAGGUCUUUGGAAGCCUUCUUGUUGCUUGGCUUUAGGGUUGAGAAUCCUAGCUUGUUUCAAUGA